AACGGGCCUAGUCCGCGUCCAGCCGCCAGCCAAUCCCGGAUCAGGUCACGGGGCCCAGACACGGCGCCCGUUCCGUGCCUGUCCUUGAAUUAACUAUCUUUCCCCCGACUUUUGAAGCUUCACCUGCACCUCCUCGUAUGAUGGCUGACUUGCCCUCUCGUCCGACUUCAGGUCCUCCACACACGCGCGAGAUGCAUCCUGCUUCGCACGACCAGGGCCGACGGCCGUCCCUGGGGAGCAGUGGUAGUCCGGUCUUUGCAAAUGGACCCCCGGAUUCGCAUCCGCCAGCCGCGCCCUCGUUCGGGAACCGCCAGAUGCCUCCUCCCUCCUCCCCGCAGCUUUAUCCUCCACGAGCACCAUCUGCUACCGGUACCCAGCCCCCGCCUCCUUCGUACUCGUCGCGCGAGCUUCCUGCAAAUCCCACCCACCGUCCUGGCAGCAGCAUGUCGAUCUCGUCGAUGUUGGGCUCGGAUGCGGAUCGACCGCCGCGCGAGACAGGUCCUGGCUCAAUGUUUCCGCGUCCAGCGGUCUCUGCUGCUCCCUAUAGCACUGGGCCGCCCCAGACUGCCGGUAUCAUGUCUCCGCCGACAGCGCCAGGCCGGCAAGCGUCGAUGGAGCACCCCCUGUUUCGACGAUCGGAGACUCCCGACAGGCUGGCCGCGAAGAACCAACCACCGCCUCCUCGACCAUACCGAUCAAACUCGGGGGAAUCGUCGCAGCCACAGAUGCCCGAUGCGUCUCGAUUUGGUGGAUUGUCGCGACCGCAGCCUUUUUCGCAGUAUCCCGAGAAGCCGGUCCCUGCACGGAUGUCGCCGCAGAUUUCGUCUGCAGAAUCCCCAUACAUGGAAUCCAGACGAUUAAGUCUGAAUGGUCCUAUCCAGCGGCCUAGCAGCCAGCCUCAACAUGGCGAGCCAUCGACUCGACCGCCUACCUUCAGCCCUCUGGUUCGGCCUAAUCCAGGGAUGCCAGAAGCGCCGUCUGGGGUUACACAACGCACGAGUUCCUAUCCGGGAACUGAGACACAAUAUCGAUAUAGUGGACUGUAUCGGGAUCGCCAGCCAGAGGAGCAGGUGGCUCGUAACGGCGAUGGGAGAGGCCCUGAACCAGAAUCCAAGUAUCCUCCGCAGCCCCAGUCCCGAUAUGGAAGCCAGGUCCCCGAGAGGGAAGCCGAAAGACAACACUCUGCUUCGACCUGGGAAGCCCGCUCCCAAACUUUGUCACCUGAAUCAAAACGUUUCCGGGCGCCGGAACCUCCGUCGUUUGGCUUUGGCGCUAUACAGAGCUACACCAAAUCUCUCGGAUCCCAGCUGGGUUCUCGUCCUUCCCCCGGGGUCUCUCUUCAGCCCCGCCAGGAACAGCCGUCUCCCAACGAGUCUGUCUUUGCGGGUAACCAGUUGAGCAAGUUGCAAACGCAGCCGCGGCUGUUUCCCCCGGCUUCUGCUCCGUCUGCUGGACAGCCAUCGUUUGCAGAGGACCAGCGGCGGAAAGGAAGCGAUGAACUACUACAACAUAGGAAUCUUCUAGGCGUGGGUAAUGAUGGCAAACGCGGCGGACGAGCCUCCCCCCUUCCCCAGGCGGUCCAGGGCGCCCAGGCCCAGAUCAUCGGACCGGCCGGUGAAUCGGGCAUCAAGAACGAACUUGGACGAGUCUUCUCUGGCAUCGGGAGCGGCGUUGGUGGUGUUACUGCUCCCCCGCUCAGCAGCGGAGCCUCCACCCCCAUGGCCGCCAGCCCGUUCAAACGAGAGAGCGUCACUGCUCGAUCGGCCAACGGCGACGUGACUGAUGAUGCGAAGAGUGCUCGCGGCGCUGCUGGGCCGGGACGACGAUCCCGGAAGUCCAAGGACGAGGAGGGUCGAUUCGACGCGGACAGCGGCGCUGAGCAGCGGAUGGCCCCAACCGGCCGUCCUAGACGCGGCCGACACGCGCACCACCACCAUCACCAUCAUCAUCAUCAUCGACAGCGAGCCGAGGACGAGGUGAGUGUGACUGGCAGCACCCAUCGUGCGGCAGCCUCGUUGAGUCUCUUCCAUCAGACGUCGACACCCACAGAAGUCUCCGGGCCUGUGCCAGCACAUCAUCACCACCAUCACCAUCACCACCAUCAUCAUGUCCCGCGAGCAGUGACCACUACUGGCCCGCCGCCGCCCAUGCGAGAGCCCAACAUCUUUGUCAACGUGGAGCCGCUCGUGAAGAGCGUAGCCCAUCUGCCACGGCACCACUUGGGUUCUACGCUCUACUCACCCCGUAUCGGGAUUCCUUCACCCAGUGCCAGCCUGGAGAGCGCCAAGUUUGGCUAUACGACGACGCCUGUUCCGAUCCCCCGAUUCGAGGGCAAGGAGAACUGUACGUUUACCGUCCGGGUGCCGCGCUUCCGCAUCGACGCCAGCCACCGCGAGGAGAUCUGUGCGCGACGGGCGCUCUGGGGCACUGGGGUCUACACGGACGACUCGGACCCGGUGGCGGCUGCGAUCCACUCGGGCUUCAUCCGGGGAGAAUGGGGGGACGACGUGGACGUGGAGAUGCUCGAUCUGGAGAUCAAGGAUACCUACCAGCAUGCGCCGCGGGUGACGGCGGACGCUGGUUCGGAAUCCAAGGGGCCUCGCAUCCCGCCGGUGCCGCCGCCGGACAAGGACCUGCACAUCACGCUGGUGAUCCUGCCGCGGCUGGAGCGGUACGACGGCAGCGUGCUGUUCGGGCUCAAGUCGCGGGGCUGGGAGGGCCAGCACGACGGGGUGAGCUUCAAGGUGGACCGGAUCGAGUGGGUGGACGAAGGGGUGGCGCGCGGAGAGGAGCGCAGCGGAGAAGCACGGCGGAAACGCCUGCGCAACAUGAUGCGGUCGGGGCGGAUCUGCACGGGGCCAGGCCUGCUGAAGCUGCGCGACGCCGAGUUGGCGCGGCGGAAGAUGGGCGAGAGUGCAGCGCCGCCGGUGGAAACGGUGUCGUGAUCUAUGAAUCUGUCUUGACUUGUUUUGGAGUUCCUUUUUUUUUCCCCUUGGUCGCCUCGGACGGCUUGGGGUCGCACGGCGUCGAGGCAACGG